AGUCUUUGAUUAGGACUCAUCGCUGCUCAUUUGUUUAAUACUUAAUAGCUAAUCUUAUCAGAAUGACUUUCGACCAAUUUCCGUUCGUCAUCUUGGCUUCAUCGUACUCUUCCUGGGAAGGCUCUCAACUCUUUUCUAAGAAUUUUUUCAUUCCAGAUAUUUCUUCCUUCAGUUUUUUGUGGAGUGGAUCAAAGUUUGCAUGUUGUCAGUUAUAUACAGGGUAAUAUUUUCUUGUGCAAAUAAUAUUCUGCACUUUUUCACUUGUCUGGUCUCUGCCGAGUGGUAGUUUUGCGUCUUUGGUCAAAAUGGGGUAGCAAGUUGCUGAGGUCUUGAGUCCUUUCAGAUCAUAUGCAGGUUUCAAGAAUUCUGUGCAGUUUCAUCUAAGCCAUCUUAAGAGGAUUCGUUGGUACGUCUCUCUUCUGCAUCUCUUCUUAAUGUGGGCAGCCGGACAAUACAUAUGAUGGCAGCUUCUCUCUCUCUCUCUCUAAUUAAGUUGCAGGAAUUUGUGUCAUUCUCCUUCCUCGGAUUUUCUAUGAGGCUCGUUGCAGAGAUCAUUUCGUCCAAUUGGCGUAUGCUAUGAGAAAGCAUUUUUUCUUACCAUCUCUCUUGAAUCAAUUGGCACCAUGGGAGGAUGCAUCUCAAUGCCCAAAAAAAGAUUUAAAUCAAGUGCUAAGUACUUCCGCAAGCCUAGGAAAUUCCGGAGAAAGAUUGCCUCUUCUGUUUCUGUUGCUCCUAUAGAACAGUUCACGGGUGCAGAAUUUGGCAGAAAUCCUUCUCUGCCAGGAUCUGUUUCAGGGAACAAUGAGACACAUGCAAGCACCAGCUGCAGAAGGUCCGAGUUACCUAAUCUGACACUACAUAGCACCCAGCCACAAUGGGACCACAAUCAAGUAAUUAAAAAUGGAGUGUUCCAAGAGGAGGCUUGGUUCGACUCUGUUAGUGCCCUUGAUUCGGAUUCAGAUGAAGACUUCAGUAGCGUUCAUGGAGAUUUUUUCCCUUCAUUGAGCAAUAUGACUGAAGACGCACACAUGAAUCAAAUGGCACAGCAUGAAAACAAUUCUUGGUUUGGCAGUGAGCACAGAAGUGACAAAAAUUUCCAGACUAUAGAUUGUGGUAAAACUGAAAAGUUUUCUAGCAAGGUUGAAAAUGAGGGCGAAAAUGGAAUCUCCCAUUCAAAAGGAUGCUAUGACUUUCCAAGCUUGACCAUUGCGGAUGGAAUAUCUACUGAGAAGAAGAAAAUCCCAAAUGCUCCAUCUUGGAGAUUCAAGGGUGCCAAAGCAGAUCCCCGGCAAUACGAGGAGAAAAAUGUGGAGAAUCAUCCAAAGUCCCAUUUGCCUCAGUUGCUUGACCAUUGUUCGUUAAAUUCAUUAUCAAUUUCAAAAAGAAGAAGGUCAACAGCCACAAAAGUCGCCAUUAAAAGGACACAGCAGGAUGAAGAUGAGACGAAUGAAUAUUGUCCAUCUAAGAGAUAUUUGUAUCGUCGCAAAGCAGGACUUACCAUUCCACGUUCAAUGGGCGAGAAUCUAGCUCAUGGAUGCUGGCAUCCUCUUUCACCUUCAGUCUUUAAGCUUAGGGGAGAGAACUAUUUCAGAGAUAAAAAGAAGCACCCUGCUCCUAAUUACAGCCCUUAUGUUCCUUUUGGUGUGGACUUAUUUGCCUGCCCUCGGAAAGUACACCAUAUUGCUCAAUACCUUGAACUUCCCCCCGUAAAAGCUCACCAUGAAGUGCCAUCAUUGCUUAUUGUAAAUGUUCAGCUGCCAGCAUAUCCUGCUUCCAUAUUCCUUGGUGAAAGUGAUGGGGACGGACUGAGCCUUGUAUUGUAUUUCAGAAUAUCAGAAAAUUUUGAAAAAGAGACUUCUGUGGAGUUCCGAGAAUCGAUUAAGAGAUUCGUGGCCGAUGAUAUGGAAACUGUGAAAGGUUUUGGAAAAGAAUCCAUCAUUCCUUUUAGAGAGAGACUAAAAAUCUUGGUUGGUGUGGUUAAUCCUGAAGAUCUGAGGCUGAAUCCUGCAGAAAAAAAGCUUUUACAUGCUUAUAACGAAAAGCCCGUGCUUUCACGUCCUCAACAUGCUUUCUACAAGGGAGCCAACUAUUUUGAGAUUGACCUCGAUGUACAUAGAUUCAGCUACAUAUCGAGGAAAGGACUUGAUGCAUUUCGUGAAAGGUUGAAAUAUGGGAUUCUUGAUCUGGGGUUAACCAUCCAGGCACAAAAACCUGAAGAGCUGCCGGAGAAAGUGCUGUGUGGCAUUAGAUUGAAUAAAAUUGAUUUUGAAAAUCACGGCCAAUUACCUGAAAUUGUAAUUCAUGGUAAUGAUUGAGUAGGAAUAAAAGCCACGGGCUCAUGCGGAUUCAACAUUUCCGCAUGUAGCAAAAUCUGUAAUCAUUUGUUUUAACAUCUAUGCCAUGGAUUGGAGACUACACAUUUUUUGUACUAAUAUCUUUAAUCUACGUCAAAAGAUGGGAUUGAUUUCGA